GGAAGUGUUAUAAAAGUCAGAAUUGGUGUAAGAGUAAUGACAUUAUGUGUUCAAUAUCGGAAUAACCUGUAUUGAUGGAGUGAAACCCAGGUAUAGUUCUGCUUACUGCAUGCUAAACGAGGCAGCAGAGCAGAAGCUGAACGAGCAGGGGAUUGGCUCGUUGUACAAGUGUGUUCUUUGAUGCAAGCUCACAAAAGGAACAGUGUAGCAUCGACACAGUAAGCCUGAAACGGCCAGCUGCUAACAGCUUCGCUCUGCACAUUGUCUGAGAACAUUUCCUCUGGAUACAGUUUAUCCAACAAAUAAACUUCAUUGGUCCAUCUAUGGGAGACAACUACGAGAACCUGCAAUGAACAUCUUACCUUCGCCAAAACUAUGAAGAGAACUUGUAUCUAGUUAGACUUCAUGCUUCUGAUAUAGAAAAGGAAAAUAUUGAAAAAAUUGAAAUCGUAUUUUAUAGAGAGAUGGAAGCAUCAUUUUGAGCUCACCGGACCCUUGAAGGAUAUAGACAUUUUAUUGAGCUUAAUUCCACUUGCUUGUUCUUGGAUGAGGGAAGGAUAAGGGUUAGGGUUUUUAGGUAAAUUGAGUAUCUGCACUUUGAAGGACUCAUUGGGAAAGAAUAAGGAAAUAAAUUAGAAGAACAGAAUCCUUAAAGUUCAGUAGUAUACACAUCUUCAGGAGUGUUUUAGGAAGCUAAGCUUCCUUUACCGAGAAAAAUGUCUGACCAAGAAAUUGAGGACUUUGAUGUGGACAAUAUGUCAGACACCUCUCGGAUGAUCCCAGGUCUUCCACCAUAUAACAUGGAAGACCAACUCCUGCCCAUGGAGUAUCGGAGCAGAUGGGGUUGCUGGAUUUGGACCCUGUUUGUUUCUGGAGCCAACUUACUUGCUUUUCUAGUUAACUUCAUUAUCCUUGCUGUAAUUUUCGCCAUUGUCCUAACUCCAACCAUCGUAGUGGUCUACUUCGGGUUUAAAUGCCACUCCAGGGUACUGCAUUCAGAAGCCUCGUACUGCAAAACCCUCCUGGAUGAUAACAGUUCAUCUGCCCUGAUAAUCCUGGGCUUCGUGAUGAUGUCUCCACUCAUCGUUCUCGCUAUGGCUUUGUAUUGUGGCCUUGCCCGACGCCUUCGCCUGUUUAUGCUCUUCCAGCCCUACACCCGCGCAUUGUAUAAAGGGGUGAGGUGGAGGUGGUAUGAUGAAGGUGGGCUGUGUGGUUGUAUCAAGGAGUGGAAUAGUCAUGUCAAAGCGUGGGUAUAAACGCAUCAAAGACUUGCGCCAUUGCAUACUCUCUGAUCUGCACACAGGAUGCCCCUUGAAGGAAUUCAUUCUCCCUUGCCAAGGACAUUGAACAAACUCAAGUGUCCUACUUGAAGUAUCUGAUUUGCACAACCAACGAAAAGAAGAGUCACUGGAAUACCACUCUUGCCUACGUGCCAACCCAGUAAAACUCAGAUACUAGAUUAAAUGUUGUAAAUAAAAUGGAAUACAGUUAGGUUGUCCCCACUUUAUAGCCCUAGUAACGUUCAACUGAAUCAAGGCUGACAGUAAUCUUUUGAAUUACAAACAUUCUGGUAACAUUGUGCUGUUAGUGAAUAUCAUGAUGCACAUAUACUUGGAUCGUGUUGUCUUGCAUUUGCCAAUAUUGGCAGGAGUAAGGAUACAAGGAAUGAGUACAAUGAGCCAAAAUCAAAGCUCCUGUUCAAUUGAAAACAAAGAAAGCUUGACGUACGGCAAAGAUUUUCAUUAAUGGUGAUUUGUUUGCACCUACUU